AGAAGGCAAUAAGAAAAAGAGAAGACUUAGAAAAAGCAAAGUCUACUUCAGUUCAGCUUCUGGUCUUCAUUCAAGCUAUUUUCGCCAUUAAUGCUGAAUCCCCGAAGCUCUCAAACCCCAACACAUCCGGUUCAACUAAAAGAGAGUCUCAAGCCACACAGUCUCCGUUCUCGGGCUUAAACCUUGGCGCUCAGGUGAAAGAAAGGAGAAGGAUAUGGUUAACUUAAUCCCAACCGUAAUCAAGAAUUUCUAUGAUAAAUGGAAUAUCCAGAGUUUCAUUCUGUUCAGUCUCUCACUACAGACCAUUCUAAUUCUGUUUGCACCAUUCAGAAAACGGUCAGGAAAUAUAAUGGUAAUAUGGCUGAUCUGGUCAGCUUACUUGCUGGCCGAUUGGGCUGCGAACUUUGCGGUCGGACUUAUUUCCAAUAGUCAAGGAAAUUCUUCGAAACCUAAUACUCGUGAGGACAUUCUGGCAUUUUGGGCACCCUUUCUUUUGUUACACCUUGGUGGUCCAGAUACCAUAACUGCUUUUGCUCUGGAGGAUAAUGCACUUUGGCUAAGGCACUUGGUUGGGCUUCUAACCCAGGUUUCUGCAGCUGUUCUUGUCUUCGGCCAAGCCCUUCCCGAAAACAAGUACUUAUGGAUCCCUACUGUCCUUCUGUUUGUCGCUGGAACCAUCAAGUUUGGUGAGCGAACGCGUGCUUUAUUUCUCGCAAACCUGAAUAAAUUUCGGGAAUCCAUGCUUAAACCACCUGACCCAGGGCCUAACUAUGCAAAGAUCAUGGAGGAAUACGCUGCGAAGAAAGAGGCCAAACUCCCAACUCAGAUAGAAUUGAUAGCAGAGCCUAAUCAAGAUUCCAAGACUGCACGUUAUGCAAUUGAUGAAGGCGAUCGCGAGCUAGAUGAUCUUAAGACGGUGAAACAUGCUUAUCACUUCUUCGAAAUCUUCAAGGGUCUCAUUGUGGAUCUCAUCUUUAGUUUCCGCGAGCGCGAUGAGAGCCGACUAUUUUUCCAAAAGAGAAAAUCGAAAGAUGCUUUUAAGGUGCUAGCGGUUGAACUCAACUUCAUGUAUGAAGUUCUCUAUACGAAGGUUGUUGUGGUGCAUUCAAAGUUUGGAUACUUUGUCCGGUUUAUAUCCUGGUGUGCGGUUGUGGCCGCCUUUUCAAUCUUCUAUAAAUUAGAUAAGCAAGGUUUUCGCAAGAUUGACGUUGGAAUAACCUAUACCUUGCUCUUUGGUGCCAUAGCAUUGGAUACAAUUGCUCUCUUUAUGCUGGCUUUCUCUGAUUGGACUGCUGCUUCCAUCCAGAACUUGUCGAGGGAAAAUAUCUGGAAAACUAUCUGUAAAGCUUCUAUAGACAGAUGCUUCCUCCCUCUCCUCAAAUACUUUCUCACUCUCAAGAAGAUAAACUGGGGGACAGAGACAAGUUGGUUGGGACGGGCUAGACAAAUCCUAUUCCGGAGGUGGUCUGAAUCUCUAUAUCAAUACAACUUGAUAGAUUAUUGUUUGAAAGAACGUUUAAUUAAAGGUUUAAUUAAACGUUUAUGGAUUUAUCCCAUUGAGGAAUUAGGCCUUAAGGAUUUCUAUGAUUUGAUGAAGUAUGUUUCCAAGAAACCAUUUGCAGAAGAGUUAUGGGAGUUCAUCUUUGAUCAGUUGAAAAAGAAAUCCAAUCUCGCAGAUGAUCCUGACACUGCGAAGAGGAUAUGUUCGGCUCGAGGUGAUUGGGUUCUACAGGAUAGUGAUUGGAAUAGUGAUAGUAGUAAGCUGAUGUCUUAUGUUGUUGAUGUUGAUUAUGAUCAGAGCCUUAUGAUAUGGCAUAUUGCUACAGAUAUCUGCUAUAGUACCGAGAGCGGCAACAUCAAUGACGAUGAGAGUACUAUAGCUAGUCGUGAAUUCUGUAAGGUCCUCUCGGAUUAUAUGUUAUAUCUUCUAGUUAUGCAGCCAACCAUGAUGUCGGCUGUAGCGGGUAUUGGCCAAAUAAGAUUCCGCGAUACCUGUGCCGAGGCCAAAAAUUUCUUCAAAAGAAAGAAUCCACGAGGAGGAUCAGGAGAAGAACAUAAACAGGCAUGCGAAAUGAUCCUUGAAGUAAAUACUGAUGUCAGACCUGUUGAUUUGAAGGGUGACAGAAGCAAAUCUGUGCUGUUUGAUGCUUGUAUUCUCGCCAAAGAGCUAAAAAAUUUGAAGGGGCCGAAAAAAUGGAAGCUAAUGAGUGAAGUGUGGGUGGAAUUGUUGUCUUAUGCUGCAAGCCAUUGCAGGGCCAAUACCCAUGCUGCUCAACUAAGCAAAGGAGGAGAGCUUAUCACAUUUGUCUGGUUAUUAAUGGCUCAUUUGGGCAUAGGGGAUCAGUUCCAAAUAAAUGAGGGCCAUGCAAGAGCAAAACUGAUUGUGGGUAAGUAAACUGGUCAAUCCAUUAGCUUCUUUCUGCAUGUGUAGAACUUUUUAUGUAUUUGGAGGAUGGGCAGAAGAUUUGAUAUCUUUAUUUAUUAGAGAUGUUUGUGAUGUAUGUGAAAAUAGUAGUAUUGGUUGCA